AUGGGUUUUAUUUGCAGAGGAUGUGAUAGCGAGGGUGUGGUCUACGAAUACAGCUAUCACAAUGUGGUCCCUACAGCAACUAUAAUGGAACAUACGGUCCAGGAAUACUCUGUGUAUGACAACUGGGUCCCAACAUCAUCCGGCAAUACUCUUACAAAAUUAAUAUCUCGGAAUUUGACCUUCACAUCAUCAAAAAAUAAGAACGAGACCCCUGGAUCAUCCUGCUCUGGUUGUCUGGUCCCGGCACUUCUCACAGCAUUGCUGUCGACCUGUGCUAUUCUACAGUUAGUGCUAAUAAUUCUCCGAGCAUCAGGGACAACAAGAGAGGUGAAAAUAGAUGACUACGUCCCUGAUAACAGAUCCCAAUGGCACGUGCCAAAGGAAGAACUGAUAACAGACCCACCAAGGAACAGAAGACAACAAGUCAGCCAGUGUGCCCGAUUCUACAUCCAGAGAAAUCAGACUCAACAAGGACGGUCUUCGGGAUGUCCACCUUUUUGGAUCGGCAUCAAUGAUAAAUGUUAUUUCUUCUCCGAGGAGAAGAAGCCCCGUACAGACGGCGAUGAAGAUUGUACAAACCGCAACUCCAGACUGGCCCAGGUGAAGGAGGAGACCUUACAGGCACUGGUGACCCUGACAGGACAGGCGUUUUGGGUCGGAAUAACUUUAUAUAACAGCUAUGGAGGCGUGUGGACCGGGGGAUGGGCUGAUGGCAGCAUGGUGAAUGUCACGGAAGGGAUUGGAACCUGCGCCAAGCUUGGACCUCGCCUGAUGUUGGAGAACUGUUACAUCCCUCUGCGCUGGAUCUGUGAGAGAGACGCCGUGUGACCGCAUUGAUGUAUGGAAGUCUAAUGACUCUGGGGAUCCUUUAUCACCCCCUGCUUUAUUUUUCCUCCCUUUUUCUC